CAUCAUAUGGGGCAAAGGAAUUAUGAAGACAGCAGAGCUAUAUGGAUUGAUGAAGGGUUCUAUCCUAUUGCUAGCACAGAUUCUUCAUCGGUUGGGUCUAGUGCUACACAGUUUAAUAGAGGUGAUGAUUGGUAUUGUGCCAUGCAUGGCCGUGAUAAAGAAGGAAACCGAGUUAUUCCAGAUAAGCGUACACAGGAAGUAGCUGAGAAAUAUGUUGAGUAUAAGAACAAACAGAAAGUGGGUGAAUUUGUUCCUCAACGCAAUAAAGAUGCUUUGUAUUACGCUCGUGGAGAGAAGGCGGAUCACUCUGGCCGUGUUGUUGGAUGCGGUGGCGUUAAUGUUGGAUAUUCAAAAGCUUUUGGUAAAAGAAUGAGCGGAUCACAGUGUUCAUCACAAAACAUUGAGUCCUUAAAGGCCUCAAUAAGUGAAGAACUUAGGGGAGAGAUGAAUGACACAAUGAAACAGAACAUGAUUACCAUCCUGAACGAAAUGGGUAUUACAGGUUUUGCUGGUUUAUCUGGUGGUGCCUCUGUUCCGACGCCCACAACAUCAACAAAUCAUGC